AUGGAUUUUGAUUCAUGUUUGUUCCAGUACCGAACCCUUAACUCUCCCUUUGUAAAUUCUUCUUUUUGUGCAGAAUCAUUCCCUUGGGAGGACUUUUUUCUCUUCAAUGAAGAAAACAGCAGCAGCACCACUUCCACCACCCUUGAUAAUCCCUUUACCUUCACUGACCACUCACAGAUCAAGGAAUCAUCCUCAGAUUCCAACUCUUCAGGCUCUUUGAUCAGCACUGAGUCACAGCUGGAAGUGUCUUCCAAUGUAACUCAUGCAAGUCAAGGCCAAGUGGUGAAAGAAGGACAUGCAUCACCACUUCCAAAGGAGAGCAUCAAAGAGAAGAGACCCUUUAGGGGAGUGAGGAGAAGGCCAUGGGGGAAAUUUGCUGCUGAGAUAAGAGACUCCACAAGAAAUGGGGUUAGGGUGUGGAUUGGCACAUUUGACACAGCAGAGGCUGCAGCACUGGCCUAUGACCAAGCAGCUUUGUCCACAAGAGGUUCCAUGGCAGUGCUGAACUUCCCAGAAGAAGUGGUGAGGGAAUCACUCAAAGACAUGGCCAACAAGCCCUGGGAAGAUGGUUCCUCACCAGUGUUGGCACUCAAGAGGAAACACACCAUGAGAAGAAAGUCCAAAGCCAUAACCAAAAAGCCCAAAAGGGAGCAUCACGGAAUGGAGUUAGAGAAUGUGGUUUCACAAAAUGUGUUGGUCUUGGAGGAUUUGGGCUCUGAGUACUUGGAACAACUUCUCAGCUUAACUUCUUCUUCUGCUUCAUCUUCUUCCUCUGAUCAUGUGCUUUCCUAG